AUGUACAAAUCUCGCCAGUACAGCAAUAAAAAUUUUUAUCUCUUGAAUACGUUGAAUGAAAUGGAUUCAAAGUCAACACAGCACAAACAUCUUGUGUCAGAUGAAUUAUCUAGAAAGACAGAUCACAAAGAAGGACAAAAUGGAGAUGAAGAGAUAGUUGCAGAAAUCAUGGGGAGAUGUUUCUCUCCUUCAGUGAUAACCACCCAACCCUGGGAAGAAUUUACUUUUGCUGGUCAUAAGAUAAAGAUUAGGGAAGGUAUUGACAAUUAUGGAGCUGUGGUCUGGCCUUCGGCUCUUGUUCUAUGCCACUUUUUGGAAAAGAAUGUGAAAUCAUAUAAUAUAGAUGACAAAAAUGUUAUUGAAAUUGGAGCUGGAACCGGUCUGGUCUCCAUAGUAGCCAGCUUACUUGGUGCACAUGUGAUUGCAACAGACUUGCCUGAAUUGAUAGGAAACCUUCAGUACAAUGUUCUUAAAAACAGCAAGAUGAAAUGCAAACAUGAACCGCAGGUGAAAGAACUAUUCUGGGGGGUGGAUUUAGAGAAGAAUUUCCCCAAGUCUUCAUGCCAGUUUGACUACAUUUUAGCGGCAGAUGUUGUCUACCACCACCCUUACCUGGAGGAACUGUUUCUUACCUUUGAUCACUUGUGUAAGAACAACACAGUCAUCAUCUGGGCCAUGAGGUUCAGGCAGGAGAAAGAAAACCAGUUUGUGGACCGAUUUAAAAAGGUCUUUGACCUGCAAGUGAUAAAUGAUUUCCCCAGCUUAAGUAUAACCCUAUUUAAGGCAAAGAGAAGAUGCAGGCCAAAAUGGUCUCCAGUUACUGCACCCUGAGACUUGUUAAUUAGCUGUCUAACCAUCAGAUUAGAGCCCUUCUUACUGAGCUCUAGUUUUGAAUGUGUACAAUUGCUGAAGCACCUAGAUAUUUGAUUCUCUGCUCACAGUCCAAAGUUGUACUAUUGAAAAACAAUCCUGAUGAAAAUAUGGUUCACUAUAAGUCUAAGAUACAUGUAUGCCAUUCUAUAAACAGAUGUGUGAAUGGAAAGGUCAGAACCAACUUAACUCUGAAUUAUACUGGUAUAAUAUGCUUCUCUAUCAGAAAAAAAUCUUGAGCGGUAUUCGACCA